AUGAGCAACGGCAAUCGGCAGGUGAGGGCGAGGCAGCUGUGGGGCAACGAGGUGUACACUCAGGACAGCGAUCUGGUGGCGGUGCUGAUGCACUGCGGCUUCUACAACCAUGCGCUGUCGGCGCCGCCCGCAUCGGCCGCGCACGUGCGUGCCGUCGUGCAGCCGCUGCCGCCGCAGCCGGCAUACCACUCGCGUGCGCGCAACUCCAUCCGCUCCCGUGCUUGGGGCGCCGCUGUCGAGGGCUGCUCCUACCGGGUGGAGAAAUGCGCGCUGGUGUCAAGGAGCGGGGUGCUGACAGACUUGGAGCCCAGCCCGGAUGGGGCGGCGGCCGUGGUCCCCACCUUCACGCCUGCGCAGUACGAGCGCGCCAUGAACACACGCGCUGCCGCCUCCUCCAUGGAACGCCGGCAACGCACCAUGCAGGAGGUGACGAUCCAGUACAACCUGUGCAACGAGCCCUGGCUCAAGUACAGCAUGGCGGCGGUGGCGGACAGGGGCCUCAAGCCCAGCCAGUGGACGAGCGCGCGCCUGCACAAGGAGGUCCUCUUCCUGGAGACCCUCAGAGAGCGCUACGAGCUGUCCCGCGUCGACACCCCGGCCGCAGCGGCCCCAGCCGACCCCCCUCCGGGGGAGGUGUUCCGAUGGGCGCGGUGCCGGCGGAUACUGACGCAGGCGCACAUGCGGCGCGUGGGCAUGCCGCUCCCUGAAGCCCACCUGGAUAUCCUGGAGCCUGCCCUAGCCUGGGAAGACCUGCAGUGGAGCCCUACGGGAGUGGCAGUGAAGGGGAAGUCGUAUCAGAUAGUGCGCUUGCAUUUCUCUCAACAGCCGCGGCUGAAUGGCGCUACAGAGCUUGCAAUGCUUGACACAGCAACGCCCAUGGAGUCGUGAGCAUGCAGCUUGAAAGGAGUAGCCGCUCCUGCUGUGCACUGGGCCGUACUGGGUCCAGCCAGUCGGCUGGCCCUUAGAAACAAACGGGAAGGGUUGAGGUUGGUCAAAGGGGCAAGUGUUUUGUGACCCAUUAUGCUCACAAGAAAGCAUGCGCAGCAUUAAGCACGGUCCCACACAUAUGUAUGGAGUGCACCAGAUAGGGACAAGGCUCCUUGAAGCAGGCAUAUGCGGAGACAUUGGGUCAACUGUCACACUUCAAGCUCAACGCUAGCGCUUUUUGCCUUGGCUGAACAAUAAUUUAGUCAAAACCCGAAAGAGAUGUUUUUAGAACCUCAAGUGGUGCAGGUGUAGCCACAAGUUGGUAUGUCAUCUUGGCAGUGCUGGCACGUUGGCUUUUUUUAAUUGUGCAGGCAAACUUGAAGUGAACCCUCGGGUCCGGAAGAAUAAGAGGUCAUGUGCACAUGUACAUGUGUGACGCUGUCUGGCAGAGCGUGACAGGCUGCCACUUUCUGGACAGUUUGCUUCCUGAAUCGGCCAUCUGGCAUCGACAUUUGUUGCAACUGGAUCCAAAUUCUGGAUUCCUGAAUAUGCUGACGGCAUGGUCACCGGUGAAUGCGUGGCCUAGGCCUCAAGCUUCAAGGUUGUGAGUAUUACUAAUACUGUUAGUAAUAUCAUGACCGAUCAGCGUUGAUGCCGUUAUGGCAGUGCACGGCACGGUGCCUGUGGGCAUGUUGACAUACGUUGACGAGUUGAUGUACGUUGACGUUGAUGCAUGUUGACGACUCGGAGUCGACUCAAGUCGGGUUGCGGCAGCCUGCCUGGCAGGCCUGGCUCCUAGGCCCUAGGAGCACUCCGGGAGUGCUGAGCUGAUCACUAUGAGUGCACUAUGAGUUUAAGCUUCAAACAAGUUACCCAACGUUGGUAGUGACCAACUGCAAUCCAGAUAUGUAACAAAUUGGAC